AUGGAGUGGGCUCUCGAGCAGCUGCUCACAGAACUUGAAGAUUUUCUGAGGAUACUGGACAAGGAGAACUUGAGCAGCACUGCCAUUGUGAAGAAGAGCUUUCUCUCUGACCUUCUGCGAGUCUACACCAAGUCCAGCGGUGGCGAUGAGGAAUAUAUUUAUAUGAACAAAGUGACCAUCCAUAAACAGCAGGGUGACCAGGAGAAACAAGACAAAGCGCUGGAUCGGAGGAACUCCUUGACCAAUGGAGACUCAGGACUGCAUUCGUCCCCUCCUCAGAAGAGCCUGCCGGACCUCCCCCCUCCAAAGGUAUGUUUGAUUCCGGAAACAAAACAACCUCCGGUCCCCAAGAUCGAAUCCCCAGAGGGAUAUUAUGAAGAGGCUGAGCCAUAUGAUGUCUCUGUAAAUGAAGAUGGUGAAGCUGUUAGUAGCUCCUACGAAUCUUAUGAUGAAGAAGAGAGCAGCAAAGGCAAGUCAGCAACCCAUCAGUGGCCAUCCACGGAGGCCACCAUCGAGCUGAUGAAGGACGCCCGCAUCUGUGCAUUCCUGUGGAGAAAGAAGUGGCUGGGACAGUGGGCAAAACAGCUGUGUGUUAUCAAGGACACCAGGUUGCUGUGCUACAAGAGCUCCAAAGACCACAGCCCUCAGCUCGAUGUGAAUUUGCUGGGCUGCACUGUCAUUCACAAGGAAAAGCAAGUGAGGAAGAAGGAGCACAAGCUGAAGAUCAUCCCCAUGAAUGCCGAUGUCAUCGUGCUGGGGCUGCAGAGUAAAGACCAGGCAGAGCAGUGGCUCAGGGUAAUCCAGGAGACCAGUGGUCUGCUCUGUGAAGGAGCCAGUGAAGGCAACCAGUACAUCCCAGAUUCUCAGCGUCUCAGUUACCCAAAGGUGGAGGUAUCCGAGAGGUACUCUGCAGCCUCUGAGAGUGGAAGCAGCACGGAUGGCCACCCAGAGAUGGCUGAGAUAAAAGAUGUUAAGAAGAAGGGUACAACUGGCUUGAAACUGAGCAACCUGAUGAACCUCGGGAGGAAAAAAUCCAGUUCCCUGGAUAGCCCAGAGAGAUCCCUGGAGACUUCCAGUUACCUGAACGUGCUAGUGAACACCCAGUGGAAGUCCCGCUGGUGUCAGAUAAAAGACGGUCACCUCCAUUUCUACCAGGACAAGAACCGAAGCAAAGUGGCUCAGCAACCCCUGAGUUUGGCAGGUUGUGAAGUUAUCCCAGAGCCAAGCCCUGAUCAUCUCUACUCCUUCCGCAUCCUGCACAACGGGGAAGAACGGGUCGUUCUGGAGGCGAAGUCCUCAGAGGAAAUGGGCCACUGGCUGGGCCUCCUCUUGUCAGAAUCGGGUUCCAAAACAGACCCAGAGGAAUUUACCUACGAUUACGUGGAUGCUGACCGGGUUUCCUGCAUUGUGAGCGCUGCGAAGAACUCUUUCUUCUUAAUGCAGAGGAAGUACUCUGAGCCCAACGCCUAUAUCGACAACCUGCCAAAGGGCAGGAUGCAGCAGGAGGAGCUGUAUGACGAUGUGGAUCUGCCAGACCUGCCCAUGGAAGAAGUACCCAAGAGUGAAAGCAAACUGGAGGGGGACCAAGACAGAGUGUACCUGGAUCUCACCCCAGUGAAGUCCUUCCUACACUGUGCUGGCAAGAAGUCGUGCCAGCCUUCACCCCUCAGCUCACCAUCUUUAGAAAGAGCUGCCAACAAGGCUGCAGCAGAGAGCGCCGCCGAGACAGCCCCCACGGAUAAGGAAGCUGAGCCCUGCAGUAAGGCAGUGGAAACCUCAGAGCAGAAACAUCCAGAGAAGCCGGAGCCUGACGAGGCGCCGCCACGGAUGCCCGCCGUCAAAAUCCAGACGCAGCAGCAGAACAUCGCCUUCCCCCAGCCGGCCCCUGAGCUGCCGGCAGGCACAGUGACAGCAGGCAGUCCCCAGCUGGUGCCCGCACACCGGCCCAAGAUGCCACUGCCGGCAGUGGAAACCAAGCUGGGCAAGAACAGGACAGAGGCAGAGGUGAAGAGAUUUACAGAGGAGAAGGAGCGGCUGGAGAAGGAAAAGGAUGAAAUCCGGGCUCAGCUCACCCAGCUGCGCAAGGAGAGACGGGAGCUGAAGGAAAUGCUUGGAGGCAGCACAGACAAGAGCCUGGAGCAGAGGCUGAAGGAGAUAGAAGAAGAGUGCAAAAGGAAGGAGAGCCGGAGGGUGGACCUGGAGCUGAGCCUGGUGGAGGUGAAGGAGAACCUGAAGAAGGCAGAGUCUGGCCCGGUGACACUGGGCACAGCGGUGGACACCACGCAUCUGGAGAACGCAGCCCCCCGGAUUCAAGCAAAAAGUGCCAGUCCAGCAAAUAGCGCAGAGAACUCACCAGUCAAUUCAGCAACAGCUUUAAAAAACCGGCCUUUGUCCGUCAUGGUGACGGGGAAGGGAACAGUCCUACAGAAAGCUAAGGAAUGGGAGAAGAAGGGAGCUAGUUAGAACCACGUUUUUCAGAGAUGGACUAAAGACUGGAAUUGCCAAUGCAUGGCCAAGGGGAUUCAAUCAUCUGUAGGUGGAGGUUGGGUGUGCAACACAAGCACACACCAAGCGCCACCUCUGUGUCACGCCAACUGCUCAGAUGCAGCAAUGGAGUCAACAGCUGCCGAUAUGAAUUAUCCCAAACGAUCUUGCUCUUUCCAGACAAGUCCCAAUCACGUAGCUAAACCAAUAACAACCAGUGGCAAUCCUUGCAUCAAAUUCCUAACCCAGUUGAUGUAAACAAGAAUGUUACUGUACAUAGGGGUGUUUUGUGUAUUUCUACUCUGAAGGUUUAUCAAUGAGUUAUUAAGGUUUCUAUAUUAGUGACAGUAGCGGAUUCAGAAGGGGCCUCUGCUAUUCUUUAUACCUUGGUGGUUUUCAACCUGUCAUGGCAAACUGCAGUCAGCUCAAGUCUCGCCUCUCUUACUGCCAGUCAUCACUCAGCUGCAGAUCA